UAUAUAAACAAGUGGAGAAAAAAACAAUGAAAUUAAAACUUUUUACUUGGAACAAUCAAAUUAAAAUUCAUUUGAAGUUUUAAAAGGCGAAUACUUGGAAACCAAGCAAAAGGCAAUUGGUUAAAUGAUGCGAUCCCAUUUAACUUUCUUCUUAAGUUGAGUUGGAAAUAUAACCCUUGAAAUACGGCGGUCGCUAGUCGGCGCUACUGCUAAAGAUGACGGUGACAAGGUUAAUGAGAUUGCUGCCAAAACUAACAACGACGAGACCUUCACUUUCUUCUUCAUCUUUUCCAUUAAAAUGUUUAUUUUCUUCCACAUCAUCAUCAUCACCGUCUUCGUCCGACGUCGUUUCGAGCACUGCUGCUGAUGCUGUUGAUCUUGGUGAUGAAGAAGAAGAAGAUGAUGAACCCAUCUACUCUAACCCAACUGCUGCUUCGGCGGUUAAGCCCGUGAUACCCACUCUUCUUCAGCCACGCGUUGUGGUCUACGAUGGGGUCUGCCAUCUCUGCCAUGGAGGGGUGAAGUGGGUGAUUAAAGCAGACAAGUACAGGAAGAUCAAAUUCUGUUGCCUUCAAUCGGUGACUGCUGAGCCUUAUUUGAGAUUGUGUGGUCUUGAUCGAGAGGAUGUUCUUCGUCGCUUUUUGUUUGUUGAAGGCCCGGGGCUAUACCACCAAGGCUCUACUGCUGCACUGAAAGUAUUGUCAUACUUGCCUCUCCCUUACUCUGCUUUAAGCGCAUUCAGGGUAAUCCCAACUCCUCUGAGGGAGAUUGUCUAUGAUUAUGUUGCCAAACGGCGCUAUGACAUCUUCGGCAAGUCUGAAGAUUGCUUAGUCUUGCAAGAGAAAGAGUUGCUGGAGCGUUUCAUUGAUAGGGAAGAGAUAAUGUAUCGAGCUCGACCAGAUUUUUAAUUAGCUCCCAUAAAGCUAGCUAUCACCUACGUUUUGGUUAUGGUUGAUGUAACGAAAUGAAAUAAAAUAUAUCAUUCUGUA